AAGUCCUCCGCAGUGAAUAUGGUUAGAACAAGCAUCAGUAUGUUGUGAAAACAGGCAGCAGGCACUUACAAGCAUCGUAUGCAGUGGUUUCACAAUAAAAAGGAUUGGAAAGAUAGUUACAUGAUCUACAAGACACAAUGGCUUUAACUAAUAGACCACAGACGGCACGUCCACAAAUUGGCAGCACACAUGUUCUCAUCAACAAAGAAAAUCCAGAUGGCGGAUUACUUGCUAAAACAGAACUUCAUCGACCUUCAUCUCAUAUGGGAACAAGAUCAGCCCUUGGAACAAUUGAAAACAUUGGACACAAAGUCUCAGCCAUUACGAUAGAUCCCAGUAAAAAGACCAAUGCAAUCAAGAAAGAGAUCAUACAGCAGCAGCAGAUAGUGACCAGACAGAAAAUUGUCAAAUCUAAAGCCACUUCGUCCCUAAAAGAACUUGUAGAAACAGAAACCAAAUCUGAAGCAUCCAUAGAAGCAGUGAAAAAUGUCUCUAAACCAGACAUAUUGCUGGGACCUCCCGAGUCUAUGGACAUCAGUGAGGAUAAACCUGAGGCAUUCUCUAAAGCUUUACUGAAAGUGGAAGAUAUUGAUGAGAACGACAAAGAUAACCCACAACUUGUUAGUGAAUAUGUCAACGACAUCUACCAGUACAUGUUGGAAUUGGAGCAAAAGUUUCCAGUGAGGCCAAAAUUCCUUGAGGGUUACGAGAUAACUGGUAAAAUGCGCGCCAUUCUGAUUGACUGGUUGUGUCAGGUUCACCACAGAUUCCACCUUUUACAAGAAACUCUCUACUUGACUGUAUCCAUUAUUGACAGAUUUUUACAAAUUCACCAAGUGCCACGUAACAAGCUCCAAUUAGUUGGAGUGACCUCCAUGCUGAUUGCAUCCAAAUACGAGGAGAUGUACGCCCCAGAGGUAGCUGAUUUUGUCUACAUCACGGACAAUGCCUACCAGAAAAAGGAUAUUCGAGAAAUGGAGGCUCUUAUCCUCAAAACGCUGGACUUCAGCAUGGGAAAACCUCUCUGUUUACAUUUCCUCAGACGCAACUCCAAAGCUGGAGGGGUUGAUGCCAGCAAACACACAUUGGCCAAGUAUUUGAUGGAACUUACAAUCAUUGAGUACGAUAUGGUGCAAUACUACCCCUCACAAAUCGCAGCUGCUGCCCUUUGUCUUUCAAUGAAACUACUAGAUGGAUCAAAAUGGACCGACACAUUAAGUCACUACAGUUCCUACUCAGAGAAGGAUCUUUCACCAUUAAUGCAAAAGUUGUGUAGUCUAGUCAUAAAAGCUGAAACCUACAAAUUAACAGCUGUUCGAACAAAAUAUGCCUCAUCAAAAUUUAUGAAAAUCAGCACAUGCUCAGAACUUAAAGGACAAGUGGUAAAAGACAUGGCUAAUCAAUCCGAUUAAAUUAUAAACAUUCCCUAGGAAUUUUAAAAUCAGGCUGUGAUGUGUGUGUUGUCAGGAGUGGAGUUUUCACAGAGGAUCAAAUCUGUGGGGGUUGUGCAUGCUGCUAGUGUCGUCUGUACCAAAUUUGUUCUGCAACUAGAGAACAUUCAUUUCAUAUUUUUGUUGGUACCUGAAAAAAUCCCUUCUUUAAUAAGAAUUUUAUCUGCACAAUUUUUUUUAUUUUUAUUGUAUAAAGAACUUCAUUGAUUUAUAAUUUAACUAAAAGAAUUUUUAAAUACAAUUUUAGCUCUUGCUUUCCUGUGUGGUAUAAUAUAGUAAAUAAUAAUUUGAAAAUUCAGUUAGAUUUCAUCUAUAAGAGAAACAUUUGAAUAGGUUUGUGAUCCAUAUAAAAAAAAUUCAACUUUCACACAAAUAUUUUUUAAUCCCAGUGUCUCUAAAAUUCAAUUCUUAAAUAUACUUUUCAUUCAAAACAUUCAUAGGUAAGGAGGGGGGUGGGUAUUUUUUAGUCACUUAUUGCAACAAUAUCUAGGGGUUUUUUUUGAUUUGGGGAUUUUUUUCCCAGUCAAAGAAAAAUGAAAUUUUUUGUACAAAUAUUAAGCUACCUAUUAUAGAAUAUUCAAUAGGUUCCAGUAAGGGUGUAAAAGUUUAUCAUUCAGAAUUCAUUAUUUAUUCAGUAUUGUGUGAAUGAUUUGUGAAUGAAAGUGUGUAGAAAAACUAAAUCAUGAUAUUAGUGUUGGAAAAACAAGGGAUAAAAAUUGUUUCUCACUUUUUGAUUUCAUUCUUUUUUUUUCUUUCUUGUACAUUUCACUGGUGUAACAUUCCCUUGUUUUUCUGACAGAAACUCCUCUGUAGUAGGUGCUGAAAUGUUUAAAUCAUGGAUAGUAUCAUAAAAUUUCCAAAAAAUAAAAUUUUAAAAAAUUUUGCACCUGGAAAAAAUUAACAUAAAAGCAUAAUCAGGCAAUUCCAGACAUUCAUUUUUAAAAAUAUCACUUGUUGAAACUGUUUAAGGGCAUUUGCUGAAUCUGCACAAGUUAAAUAUUGACUUGCAUGGAUAUUUUGACAUAAUUUAAAACAUUGUUUGCAUUUGAAAUUAAUAUUUACCUUAUGUAGCCAUUUGCAGCAUUUGACAAAUUCAGCAAAUGCCCUUUUAUUUUUACAUUGCUAUUGAUUUUGAUACUUUUACUUUUAUUCAUGUAUUUGUAUGUGUAGACGAAAUAAAAAAUAAAAGAACUUAA